AUGUUGACAGGUGCAUCCAGAGGUGUAUCUGAACUAACCCCACCAUCGGGCCCUGGUCUGGCCCGCAGCCAGCGCCUAUUUACACUAGACCUUGUUUGUCCUGCCCAUUUUGGUUUAACGGGCAAUGAGCCCCUCACCAUCCUGCCACUGAGCCAGGCAGCGGAGCAGACCCACGGCAAGGCCCACUUCAAGGUGUGCGACCGGCUGAAGCUGGAGCGCAAGCAGCGACGGAUGUGCCGGCGAGACCCUGGUGUGGCCGAGACCCUGAUGGAAGCCAUCAGCAUGAGCGCCCUGGAGUGCCAGUACCAGUUCCGCUUCGAGCGCUGGAACUGCACGCUGGAGGGACGCUACCGAACCAGCCUGCUCAGGAGAGGGUUCAAAGAGACGGCCUUCCUCUACGCCAUCUCCUCGGCGGGCCUGACCCACGCGCUGGCCAAGGCCUGCAGCGCCGGGCGCAUGGAGCGCUGCACCUGCGACGAAGCCCCCGACCUGGAGAACCGCGAGGCCUGGCAGUGGGGCGGCUGCGGGGACAACCUCAAGUACAGCAACAAGUUCGUCAAGGAGUUCAUGGGGCAGAAGAAGUCUAACAAGGAUCUACGGGCACGCGUGGAUCUGCACAACACUAACGUCGGUGUCAAGGUGAUCAAGUCUGGGGUGGAGACAACCUGCAAGUGCCACGGUGUAUCAGGAUCUUGCACGGUGCGGACCUGCUGGAGGCAGCUGGCCCCGUUCCAUGAGAUCGGCAAGCUGCUGAAGCUGAAGUACGAGACGGCACUGAAGGUGGGCAGCACCACCAACGAGGCAACGGGCGAGGGGGACAUCACGCCGCCCAAGAAGCCCCCCGCCCCCGCCGCCCCCGCUGCUGCCGCCCACCACCACCAGAUCCCAAGGACUACUGACCUGGUGUACAUCGACGACUCGCCCAGCUUCUGCCGGCCGAGCAAGUACUCGCCGGGCACCGCCACCAGGAAGUGCUACAAGGACAAGAACUGCGAGAGCAUCUGCUGUGGCAGGGGCCACAACACCCAGAGCAGGGAGGUGAAGAGGCCGUGCCAGUGCCAGGUGCGCUGGUGUUGCUACGUGGAGUGCAAGCAAUGCAUGCAACAGGAGGAGAUCUACACAUGCAAAGACUAGCCCGCUUGGCAGAGUCGAGCUGAGAGAGAGGGCAAGGGAGCAGAGCGGAGAUGGGGGAGUAGUGUGUGUGUGUGUGAGGGGGGUGGUUUGGGGGGGGGGAAUGGACCCGCUCGAAGAAAGGACAAAGUCAAAUCCCAGAAGCAGACUGUCUCCGGCGACUAUCCACGACUCCAACGACCGCGGCAAGUUGCGCUUGACUGGCUGGGACGGUCGUAAGUCGGCUUCAACUCCCCACCAAAGUAUCUUUGCUCCCCCACCAGCCGUCGCGGGGCACGGUGAACUGCCGAGGAGUGAACUUUAACGCGUGGCGUGAAGACCUGGGGCCACUAGGAGCAAAUGGCUCGGAGGUUGGACAACUUUUGGCUCCAAUUAAAAAAUGACCGCUGGCCUUCGUUCAGGCCAACCCGCUCAGAGGUCCAAAGCAACCCCCCCCCCCCCCCACAUUGAAGUUCCACUGAACAAACUUUCUCAAUGAAGCUUCCCAAAUAUUGGGAGCGUGGAGAGACGGGAAAGGCUCGACAACUCCAUCAAAGGGUGCAACUGUGAAGAAAUAGAUUGUCAAGGCCAUUUGUAACCAACGACAUAGGGUGACAGACUUUGGUCGAAAGGUCCAGCAUGGGAACAGGCCCUUCGGCCCGCCGAGUCCACGCCGAACCGUUCAAUGCUAUCCCACUUUUCUCAUCCACCCGCUACACACUAGAGCCUCUCCAUCUUGUACGGAGAGCAAUUUCACCCAGCUAUCCAUUGCAC